GAAGCAUCGCCGCCGGAGCAGGUGGUGGACGGCGUGUCGAGUCGGCCGUUGCCACUGCUGAUGGCCGCCGGACUCGUGGCUGGGGCAGCGCUCGGCUUCGCCAUCCGUGCCACCGACAACCCCUGGACCAAGCGACAGAUCGUGUACGUCGGGUUUCCCGGCGAGUUGUUUUUGCGCAUGAUGUCCGGCGUGACGCUCCCGCUGAUCAGCACCAGCGUGGUUGCCGCCCUGGGCAGCAGCCGACCGCCUGUGCUGGGCCGCGUGGGCCUGUGCGCAUUGGCCCUGUCCCUCGUGUGCAAGUGCCUGGCCGCGGCUGGAGCGCUAGGCCUCGCAGCCUUUCUCUCGCCGGGAAACACGGUGCGGCUCGACGUCGUGGAGACACCGAGGCCCAACAUGAGCCUCUCCAAUGUCGCCAUCGACAGACUGCUGGACUUCAUCAGAAACCUUUUCCCGUCCAAUAUCAUAGCGGCGCACAUAUACACGCUGCUCACCGUGCAAGCCGACACGACUGAUGAGCUGGCGCUGACAGGACGGAGCGUUUUGCACGACGGAGCACGAGUUACCGAGAACACGUACUCGGCCACAGCAGGUUCGCCAGGGCCCGAUCCGGUGUUUACGUCGCUGGACAACGCCAACCUGAUGGGCGUGCUGUGCUUUUCGGUCAUUCUGGGCCUGGUGCUGUCUGCGUUCCGCGACGAGCAGAACGUGGUGCUGCACGUGUUCGUCUGCCUGAGCAACACUCUCAUGACGGCCACGCACAUGCUGCUCUGGUUCGCUCCCAUCGGACUCUGCUCCGCCAGCGUGUCGCUUGUGCUGCUGGGCGCCGGAGAGUUGCAGGCCCUGACCGGUGACUUGUCAAUGUACGUGAUGGCGUUCAUGGCUGCCGUCGCUCUACACAGCCUGCUAGUGCUACCGACGUUGUACCUGCUUCUCACGCGGCAUCAGCUGGGCCCAUUCUUCCGAAAUAUGGUCUACCCAAUGUCCGUGGCUCUGGGCACGUCAUCGAGCUCGGCGACGGCGCCCACUCUGAUCGUGGCGUUGGAGCAAGGACUUCGGAUGGACCCGCGGCUGGCGCGUUUCCUGGCGCCCGUCGGUGCCACGAUGAACAUGGACGGCACUGCCAUCUACUUCAUCGUCACUGUGCUUUUCUUUGCACAGAAGAACGCCAUCGCGCUCACCGUCGGACAGCACCUCGUCGUCGGGUUGAUGUGCUGUCUGGCCACCCUGAGCACAAGCCCGUCGCCCCAGGCCGGCCGUGUGGUGCUGGUGUACCUCAUGACCUCCCUCGGCAUCCCGCUUGACGGCGUCGGCGUACUCCUCUACACUGACUGGAUCAUGUGUGUACUGCAACGGAGACUGCUGUUGAAUCGUCUGUCUACGGCGGUGAACGUGCUGGGCGACGCCGUGGUCGCCAGUGGGACGCAGGAGCUGUGCAGGGCCACGUUGCCAACUGGCCGCGACGAGGAGUGA